GGCCUCUUCCGCUCCCGGCGCGCCCUUCCCGGAAGUGCUUCUCGGCUGGGACCAAAAUGGCGGCGUCUCGUGUGGCAGGGAGGCGUCUUCUUCUCUGGGGCAGGCCUGGUCGCCUUCCCUCGCGGAGCCCGGUCUCGGGACAGCGGUCUCUGCAUCUUGGGGGAAGCAGGUUCAGAGCAACCAAGGUUGCCCCAGAAAUUGUCCUCAAUGUACCUGAAACAAAGACAUCGCUGCUUGAAAAUGGCCUCAGGGUGGCUUCUGAAAAUUCUGGACUUUCAACAUGCACAGUGGGACUCUGGAUUGAUGCUGGAAGCAGAUAUGAAAAUGAGAAAAACAAUGGGACAGCUCACUUCCUGGAGCAUAUGGCUUUUAAGGGAACCAAAAAGAGGUCUCAGUUGGACCUAGAACUUGAGAUUGAAAACAUGGGAGCUCAUCUUAAUGCUUACACCUCCAGAGAGCAAACUGUGUAUUUUGCAAAAGCGUUCUCUAAAGACUUGCCAAGAGCUGUGGAGAUUCUGGCCGACAUAAUACAGAAUAGCACAUUAGGAGAGGCAGAGAUCGAAAGGGAGCGAGGAGUGAUCCUCCGAGAAAUGCAGGAGGUUGAGACUAAUCUGCAGGAAGUGGUCUUUGAUUAUCUACAUGCCACUGCUUAUCAGAACACUGCCCUGGGACGGACAAUUUUGGGACCCACAGAUAAUAUAAAGUCCAUUAAUCGCAAUGACUUGGUGGAAUAUAUUACCACACAUUACAAAGGGCCUAGAAUGGUGCUUGCCGCUGCUGGAGGGGUCGCUCAUGAUGAGUUGCUUGAACUAGCAAAGUAUCACUUUGGUAACUUGCCAUCGGUGGAAAGAGGAGGCGCACCAGCCUUGCCCUUGUGCCACUUCACAGGCAGCGAAAUUCGAGUACGAGACGAUAAGAUGCCUUUGGCGCACAUUGCAAUCGCUGUUGAAGCCGCUGGUUGGUGUCAUCCAGAUACACUUCCUCUUAUGGUGGCAAAUACUCUGAUAGGCAACUGGGACCGUUCAUUUGGAGGUGGCGUGAAUCUGUCCAGUAAGCUUGCUCAAGUUGCAUGCCAUGGCAACCUUUGCCAUAGUUUCCAGUCCUUCAAUACCUGUUACACGGAUACUGGCCUGUGGGGAGUUUAUAUGGUAUGUGAGGCAACCACUAUAGAAGAAAUGAUGCACUUUGUUCAGAGAGAAUGGAUAAGGCUGUGCACUAGUGUCACUGAGGAUGAAGUGGCACGAACCAGGAACCUUCUGAAAACCAACAUGCUGUUACAACUGGAUGGUUCCACUCCCAUUUGUGAAGAUAUUGGACGACAAAUGUUGUGUUACAAUCGCCGCAUCCCAAUUCCUGAACUUGAAGCAAGAAUUGAAGCAAUUGAUGCUCAGACCAUUAGAGAUGUCUGCACAAAAUAUAUCUAUGAUAAAUGCCCUGCAGUUGCUGCUGUUGGGCCCCUUGAACACCUACCAGAUUACAACAGACUCCGUAGCGGCAUGUAUUGGCUUCGUGCUUGAGGCUUUAAAGAAUCUGCCAGUGUGGGAGUUGGUAAAGUUUCAGUGAUGUACUAGACAACAAUGAAAUAUGUUGCUUUCCGUUCCUACGGCUGCUGAUCCUAAUAGAAGGAAUACUAAGAAAGAACUACAACUAUUUAUAAAUAAUAAAGACCAAGUUUUGAA